CAUGCUAAAGCUCGAAUAUAUAUUUGUUCCCUUUAGUUUCCACAUACUGUAUCGAUCACAAAAUCGAUCAUUUUACAUUCGGACUACGGAUAACAACUCACUUCUGAAGCUGUGGCAGAAUCUCUCAAGCCCUUUGUUGAUUCUUGGCUCAAUCGAAUAUUGCAAUCAGCAGCAGACGACAGUUACCGGGUGCCGCGAAGCAAGCAGACGACAUCUCUUUCCAGCACAUACGAGUACUAUACUGUAUUGUUGCGUGUGUGUUGUGACGAGGUUUCAACGUUCUUCUAGAGGACUGGUUUUGUAGGAUGAUAGUCGAGGUGGAGGCAUCGUCAUAAUUAAUAGGAUGGGUGUUCUAUCAGAAUUCUGUCCUUCCUAUAACGACACCUACGGAGAAAAACAGAGCGCCUUUUACUGUCCAAUCAAACUGCAACUCUUUACCGCCAACGACCACUUCUGCUGCGGUAAGAACACCUCCAUGUACUGCUGCCACGACAUCACGAAGAGCAUUUACAGCCAUACGGAGUCCAAGUCUACAGCAUUUUGGAAUGAAUACUGGCCCUACUUUGCUGUGAUCGGGUUUGCUCUGAUAUCGGCACUGUUUUCGCCGUUCCUUUUCCCUCCAAAGAAGUCUGUGAUCAUGUCCUGACCUGAUGACCUUGAACAUACAAUAUGGCCUUAUCACCCCUUCAUGACCUUCAGUCGACUGAUUGGAUCAAGGCACCAGAGCAUGCUAACGUCACUAAAUCACCUGAUAUGAACUUCGGGUUGUGAGAGCCCACAUCAACCACCGGUAUUUCCGUUCAUAUUGCGCCUGCUGAUGUGUAGAGAGAUACAUUGUUUGCUUCUUAAAGGUAAUCUCCACAGUGGUGUUAUGCUUACAGGGGGCGGUCGGGUAGCCUCGUGGUAAAAGCGGUAACUUAGCUCGUCACGCCGAAGACCCGGGUUCGAUUCCCGACAUGGGUACAAUGUGUGAAGCCCAUUUCUGGUGUCCCCCGCCGUGAUAUUGCUGGAAUACUGCUUAAAGCGGCGUAAAACCAUACUCACACAGCCAUGUUCACAAAGAAAUCUUAGAGCUGCGACUGUCAUUAGUCAUAUACUUUGACAUAGAUAAGACAGCCGAAGCGCUGAGAUAGUUUUGUGAAAAUGGCUCUUACGUUUGAAUUACUGUUGUGUAUGUUCAUGUUAGUAUAGAGAGUAGAUGUUUAUUUCAAGAUUGUAAAAUGAAUGGGUCAGUGUGCUGAAAUAUAAAACAAACGUUAAAUAGGAUGGGGUCCCUGAGUGCUUCAUGUGAAUUUAUUUUCAUGAUAAGAAACGCUUUUCUUCAGGGUGUUAUCAUUUGUUGACGCCGUCAGUAUGUUCAACUCUCCGUCGGGCAAAACCUCACGCUUCUGUAGAUAGCAAUGCCAUAAAAGAUAGCGUUACCGGUAUAUCGUUCGACUAAAGCCGUGUGAUCCAAAUGAAAUUACACCGGGAAUGUGUUUCAGAGAAUUCCGUUCUUAUAGAGCAGGUUUUUAUUUUGUUUGUUUGUUACAAUGACAUGCAUCAAAAAAUUGAAGUCAGCGAGCCUGACCACCAGACCCCGUUAGUCGCCUCUUACGACAAGCAUAGACCCUCUAGUAUAGGUUGCUGGGAUCUUCACGGGUCUGUGAUGCAGGUAUAACCAGAUACAAUGACUGUGACAAAUCAGCCAUUUACUGAUUCAAACUCUUGAUCCGAAAACAUGAGUGUGUGUCUCGUUUAGCAACUCCUCACUACUAUACUCAACAUAUUCUGAAAUCGCAUAAGUAAUUUCAGUAGUUGUGAUAAUAUUUAUCGACUUGCCAUGUCACAUCGUGCUUACUUCUAACUGUAAACAAACUGGACUAACAACAACCUCUUUAUGUUUUACAAGGUUCCAUCAAGACCCUUGAAACGAAAUGGAAAACAAUGUCGAUCAAUACAAUAAAUAAGAAGGACUCUCCAAACAGAUAACAAUAUUAUCGCUUUUAUGCCGUAAGUUUGUUUCGCACAAAGGUGCUUCUCAGAAACUUGCGACCUGAUACUUCAGAGCGACACCACUUUAAAGGCCAUUAUUGUCGGAGACGGAGCCUUGUUUAUGCAAAACAUGUGAGCUGUAUAGUCCCACGUCUAUUUGGGUCGAUUGACGGUUUUCUAUAACUUGCCAAUGGUGUGUGCGGGGUUUAGUAGAACAUAUCUCCCUGUUUGACGAGGAUGGGUUCAAGUACUAGGUGACUUUGAGGUUUGUUACUUCCAUUUACUACAAUUGUCUCUAAUUGUUUUAAAUAUACAUUAUCUUUCAUCCAAGCAUUUUGAAAUAAUAUCAAGGUCUAAUGAAAGUUUAUAUCAAUGUUGCUAAAGAGGCGUUAAAUUCGUGAACUUCAAAUCACUGUCAAGUCAUUGUGAAUCAUCAGGUGUUCGCAAGUUUCAAAUAUGACAACUCAAUCAAAAUAGUCAUGUUAUGUGUAUGUUAAUACUGAUAGAUGCAUUGUAUAUAUGUGUUAUUCUCUGCAAUAUACCCCUGUAUAUAUUAACGAAACUUUAAUUCCAGCAACCUGUCUGAAUUUGAAUAUCAUAAUUCCUGCCAUAUUCUGUUUCACUUUGACUAUUUUAUGUAGCUUGUAUACAGAUGUAAGUAAUGCAAAGAUUAUUGAUUUGUUUUCUGACCACGUACGGAAUUAGUGUGUAGGGUGGGAGUCACGUUGGAGCACGAACCUUACAUCUUCUGUGGUGUGAUAUUUGGUACAAACGUUUUACCAUUAAUAUAUUCCAUUGUGCCUUCGAAUGUAAAUAAUAAUGCACUAACUACUAUUUGUACACAUUAUACUUAAUCCACAGUAUUUUAUGCAGUAAAGAGUAGAGAAAAGCUU